AUGCCAGCACCGACAGCGCUCAUGCGCAGACCCGAGGAACUCGCAGAAGGCGUUGCCAUGGAAGCCGUCAACGUCCCCCUGCCCACCGAAGACGACGCAGAACUGGUCGAUAUGAGCUUCGAGCCUACCACACCGAGUGACGCUCUACAAGCACCCACAGAAGACACUGCCAUGACCGACGAGGCCGGCCGCCCAAAGUUCGCGCCAGCCCAGUCCAUUCCCCUCGCAUUUCGUAGGGAACAACGGAAAGUGCCCAUUCCGCCGCACAGAAUGACUCCUUUGAAGGCGGCUUGGCCCAAAAUAUAUCCGCCCCUUGUUGAGCACCUCAAACUCCAGGUUCGAAUGAAUACCAAGACCCGCUCAGUGGAACUUCGCACCUCCAGCACUACGGUCGAUACUGGUGCCCUGCAGAAAGGCGAAGACUUCGUCAAAGCCUUCACCCUCGGUUUCGACGUGGACGACGCAAUCUCGCUAUUAAGACUGGAUGACCUAUAUAUAGAAACAUUCGAAAUCAAGGAUAUUAAGACGCUCACUGGAGAGCACAAAGGCCGGGCCAUUGGAAGGAUAGCAGGGAAGGACGGAAAGACGAAAUUUGCAAUUGAGAACGCAAGCAGAACACGGGUGGUGCUAGCAGAUCAGAAGAUUCAUAUCCUGGGCGGGUUCAAGAAUAUCCAUAUUGCGAGGGAGUCCAUUGUCAGCUUGGUCCUUGGUCAGAACCCGAGCAAGGUGUACGGCAACCUGAGGACGGUGGCGGGCAGGAUGAAGGAAAGGUUCUAG